AUGUGUUCAACCAGUUCUUCUCAAGACUUGCUGGAGAAUAUCCUAUUGCAACUCAACUGGACAAAAGACUCCCUUAAACGGGCUACGGAGACUUGCAGGUGUCCCAUUGGUUGUAAUCACUGGAUUCCGAAGAUAUCCCUCACACGACACGUCCAGUCUUGUCGUCUGCGCUCAAAGGGCUACUCGAAGAAAGAAAUAACUGGCAGGGUGAGCGCGCUCACCCUGGCAGCCUGGAAUGUUCGUUCCCUUUUAGACAAUCCGAGGAGCAACCGACCGGAGCGGAGGACGGCGCUAGUGGCACGAGAACUGGCGCGCUACAAGGUGGACAUCGCCGCACUCAGCGAGACCCGUUUCUCCGAACAAGGCCAACUGGAGGAGGUAGGUGCCGGCUACACCUUCUUCUGGAGCGGUCGACCCAGGGCAGAGCGACGAGACGCGGGCGUCGCCUUCACCAUUCGGAACGACAUCGUGGGACGACUGCCCUGUUUGCCGCAGGGCAUCAACGAUCGCCUGAUGAGCCUUUGCCUGCCUCUCUGGGGAGGCAAAUUCGCCACCAUCGUCAGCGCCUACGCUCCGACGAUGACCAACCCCGACGCCGUCAGAGACAAAUUCUACGAGGACCUGCACGCCCUCUUGGCGACUGUGUCGAAGGCGGACAAGUUAAUUGUCCUUGGCGACUUCAACGCCCGCGUCGGCACAGACCAUACUGCCUGGAGAGGAGUGCUGGGUCCCCACGGUCUCCGCGGCUCAAACGACAAUGGUCUGCUGCUUCUCCGCACCUGCGCAGAACACCGCCUCAUCCUGACGAACACGUUCUUCUGUCUGCCGGAGCGAGAGAAGGCCACCUGGAGGCAUCCUCGGUCGCGCCAGUGGCACCUGCUGGACUAUGUCCUCGUCCGGAGGCGAGAUCAGCGUGACGUGCUGGUGACGAAGGCGAUCGCGGGUGCUGACGGGUGGACCGACCAUCGCCUCGUCAUCUCGAAGAUGCGUAUUCGCCUACAGCCUCGCAGGAGACCACAAGGGAAGCGACCCCCAGGUAAGCUGAAUGUUGCCUUGUUGUCUUUGCCCGCUCACCAUCUCCAUUUCAGCAAUGAGAUAGCUCAACGGCUAGACAACCUUCCUAUCGCUGCCGCCGACGACGCCGCCGCAACUGCCGAGAACGCCUCCGUGGAGAACCGCUGGUGUCAACUGCGAGACACGGUCCAGUCCACGGCGCUCGCCGUCCUCGGUCGCGCUCUCCGCCAACACCAGGACUGGUUCGACGACAACGACGCCGCCAUCAGAAAUCUGCUUGCCGAGAAGAACCUCCUACACAAAGCCUACGUAGAUCACCCCACUGAUGCCACCAAAGAUGCCUUCUACCGCAGUCGCCGCCAACUUCAGCAACGACUGCGCGAGAUGCAGGACGGCGGGACUGCUCGCAAAGCUGAGGAGAUCCAAGGGUACGCGGACCGGAACGAAUGGAAGAACUUCUUCUCUGCGAUCAAAGCUGUCUACGGUCCGCCGACGAAGGGCACUGCUCCUCUCCUCAGCGCCGACGGCAACACUCUCCUGACUGA